AUGACUCAUCCGCAUGAGGUGUACAGGAGGAUGAAGGAGUUGAAAGCAUACAACGACAUGCUUGGGUUUGUGGUCAAUGCACAGUAUGGGAUUCUAAUGAUGUUCCCUUGCGGGGGAAGCAUUGUUAAUGAGGUAUCUCCGGCUAAUAAAUAUGCCACAGAUUUUGAUACUCUAUUGGGGAGGAAAAACUUUCAUUCCAUUUUGAAAGUUGAAAUUAUGGUAACAAUUUGUUUGCAUAUGACUGAUGAUAUUAGGGUUAUUAUCGGUUUCUCUGUGCAGUAUUAUGGCCUCCAUUUCCGCCAACCAUGGGUCUUUGCAAUCGAGGAUGAGGUUAAGAAGAUACUAAACCGUGUGGCUGAGAUGGAGUCAUAG